AUGUCUUGCCAGGUCCGAUUCUAAUCCUUGCCAUGUCAGUUCACUUCCGCAUGAAGAUAUCAGAGACACCAUUCCAUAUGCCAGUCGCUUUCUCCUCUUCUUUUGGAUCGCUAGAUGCGCCGGCAGGAAGGUCUGCCUGCAACGCACCCACACCCCACGCGCGAACGCAUUAGACAUUUUACUCCAGCGCGCCAUACACGCGUAGGCUGUCUGAUCCUCGAGUGAUCGCCACUCAUUUCGAGAGGAAUUUCAUGUUUUAUUCUUCUAAAAACAACUUGGUUCUUCUUAGGUGACCGAGGGGCUUGCUCCAGGAGCCAUGGGGCAGCAGCAUCUGGGCGCCAUGGUCCGGCGAGCCGUGCAGCUGCACGAGCAAGUCAGCGACGCUAUUGAGCGGAUUCUAAAGAGCGACUUCUACCUCGCCGCGGGGCAGCUCAAGCCGCGCCUGCACGACGUGCCCGAGCUGUCGGUAUCCGUGAAGCUGCUUCCCAGCAAGAGCGGCAAGCACGGCGGCGGGAGGAAGGAGCAGACGCCCGCGCAUCCCCGCAGGCACGCGGAGGGCAAGGGCAGUGUGUCGGUCGACGCCACUCGACUCGCGGACGCCUCCGCAGACGACGCCGCCGCCGGUACCGUCGCGAAAAGCGACGAGAGGGCAGCGAGCGACAAAGUCGCGCGCGCAGGCGCGGAGGCGGCCCCCGCGCGCGGGGGGGAGGCGGAACUCUGGUGCGCGGGCGGCGGGAUGGCGGGGGAGAUGGGGGAGUGCGAGCAGCUGGGGUACCAGCACGCGUACGAGAAGCAGGUGGAGGUGGCGCGCAAGGGCGGGCAGGCGGAGAAGGGCGUCCCCGGGGAGCGCACGGUCGAGGCGCGCGUGCUCAUGUCAAUUAGGGACGCGCUGGAGAUGCUAGACUGGCACCUGGAGCAGCUUAUGGAGAUGGAGAUUAACGAGAGGCGGCAAGCCACGGCGGCGGCGGCUGCCGCGGCGGAAAGGGAGAAGGCGGGCCUGCGGGAGGAGGCGAGAGGAGGGGAGGGGCUAGGCGGCGGCGGCGGGGGCGGGUCCGGGGGCGCGGGCGGGGGAGGAGCGGAGCAGACGCCGACGUCGCGCUCGCCAGCGGCAGCAGCGGUGGCGGGGAGCGCGGAGGGCGCGGGGAACGUGGCGGAGCAGAAGCGCGUGGUGCGCGAGGUGCAGCUGGUGACGCGCGUGCUGUGGUCGCAGGCCAAGUGUCACUGCGGACGCGAAUGGAAGGUGGUGGACGAGGUGCUUCAUUUCGCCGCGGAGGUCGCCUGCACGCCCUUCAACCCCUACCCCCCCUCGCCCCCCGGCCCCACGUACCUUCCGCUCAUCUCCCCCGCGGCCGUCCCCUCCGCCAUCUCGCGCGUCUCCGCGUGCCAACACCUCAAGCAGCAGCACCCUUCCGCGCUGCCCCACGCGCACGCGCAUGGCUCCGCGCAGCACCAUCGCCCUCGCUCCCCCGUCCGCGCCAAAGCGCCGCUGCUCCCCGCGCCUCCGCCCCCGUCGCGUCAGUCGUCCUUGGCGUUCUCUAUUGCGCCCAUCCCCCGCUCAUGCGCGAGUGACGGGGUAGUGGCGCGUGGAGAUGCGGAAGCGGCGGAAUGGCAGAGCGGAGGGGGAGGCGAGGGCGGCGUUGGACUGCGCAGGGGAAGCGCGGACGAGCGCGGGGAGCAUGCGGCGGAAGAGGAGCGGAGGGGAGGAGGCGAGCAGCGACGGGCGGAGAGGCAAGCUCAGGGAGGGAUGCGAGUGUUUGUUCCGCGGGUGUUGCCCUGGCAGCAGCACAACCAGCAGCAGCAGCAGCAGCCAUACGGGCAGCACCAGCCGUACCACUACCAGCAGCAGCUGCAGCUGCAGCAGCAGCAAGCGCUGAUGGCUCCAGUGCCUCGGCGAAAAGUCUCCCCGCUGAAAUCACGCAGCCCCAACCACACCAACACGCACACGCACACCUAUUUGAAGAGUCCCAGCCGCAGCGGCACAGGGAAUAGGAGUGGCGCCGGCAAAGGCUGGAACAGUGGGAACCGCGGCAAGGAAGGCAAGGGGAAAGAGGGCAAGAAGGGGGAGGGGGGAGGGCAGGGGGGAGGGGGACAGGAGGGAGGAGAAUGGGAGGGGCAGGGGAAGCAGGAGGGGGAGAGGGUGGUGAUUGAGACAAGUCCCACUGAGCGAGGGAGUGCAGUCAGUUCUGGUUUGGACUCUCUCUGUUCCGCAAUCGCCCACUCGUGUAACCCUUUCAAUCCGCUCCAUGUACUUGGUCCCUUGGCUCGAAGCCCCCUAGGGGUGGUGCUCAGAGCGGUGGGCUGGCCUGUUAAAACCAUCAACAGUAGCCGUAACCAUAUGGAUGAGCAUAAGCAUGCUCAGGCGUAUGACCAGUUCUAUCCACCCUAUACGUCUGGCUUGCCGGAUAGCCCGUACAUGCAACGAAUGGCAGAGGGAGGGGAUGCUAGGAAGAAAGCAUGGGAGGCGGAGGGUUGGGUUGGACAGAGGGGGGAGGCGGCAAGAGAAGGAUAUGGAGGCUCUCGGAUGGAUACUGGGGGCAGCUACAGCAGCAGCACGACUGGACUGAGAGGGGGUAGCAGCACGUUUGGGAGUAGCAGUGGGGGCAGGAUAUCUUGGGGUUCGAGUGAUGUUACCGUUACGCAGACGCAUGUGCAUGUGGAUGGACGUGGGUAUGCACGUGGGAGUGUGCAGGACGAGCAGAGGGGGGAAGGGGCGCUUGAUGUGGCUAGAGGAUGGCUGCACAAGGUGGGCAAGGUGGACAGCUGACGUGACAGACAACCAUACAUCGUGCAAGAUAUUGGUGCAUGUUGGUUAAUUUAUUAGCUGGGAGUUAAGAUUGUCGUGUUUUUUUUUGUCCUCUUGCAGGAAUUGCGAAAACGCUUGUGAGCAUUUAAGGAUGCCUUAUUCAUGGUUCUCUCUUUCUAC